CUUCUCCCGAGCGAGCUCCGCAGGAGACACAGGCGCUGGCUGCCCGGUCCGCUCUCCGCCUCCGCCGCGCCCUCCUCGCCCGGGAUGGGCCCCCCCGCCGCCGCCGGAUCCCUCGCCUCCCGGCCGCCGCCGUUGCGCUCGCCGCGCUCGCACUGAAGCCCGGGCCCUCGCGCGCCGCGGUUCGCCCCGCAGCCUCGCCCCCUGCCCACCCGGGCGGCCGUAGGGCGGUCACGAUGCUGCCGCCCGCACCCUCACGUCUCGGGCUGCUGCUGCUGCUGCUCCUGUGCCCGGCGCACGUCGGCGGACUGUGGUGGGCUGUGGGCAGCCCCUUGGUUAUGGACCCUACCAGCAUCUGCAGGAAGGCACGGCGGCUGGCCGGGCGGCAGGCCGAGUUGUGCCAGGCUGAGCCGGAAGUGGUGGCAGAGCUAGCCCGGGGCGCCCGGCUCGGGGUGCGAGAGUGCCAGUUCCAGUUCCGCUUCCGCCGCUGGAACUGCUCCAGCCACAGCAAGGCCUUUGGACGCAUCCUGCAACAGGACAUUCGGGAGACGGCCUUCGUGUUUGCUAUUACUGCGGCGGGCGCCAGCCACGCUGUCACGCAGGCCUGUUCUAUGGGCGAGCUGCUGCAGUGCGGCUGCCAGGCGCCCCGCGGGCGGGCCCCUCCCCGGCCCUCCGGCCUGCCCGGCACCCCCGGACCCCCUGGCCCCGCGGGCUCCCCGGAAGGCAGCGCCGCCUGGGAGUGGGGAGGCUGCGGCGACGACGUGGACUUCGGGGACGAGAAGUCGAGGCUCUUUAUGGACGCGCGGCACAAGCGGGGACGCGGAGACAUCCGCGCGUUGGUGCAACUGCACAACAACGAGGCGGGCCGGCUGGCCGUGCGGAGCCACACGCGCACCGAGUGCAAAUGCCACGGGCUGUCGGGAUCAUGCGCGCUGCGCACCUGCUGGCAGAAGCUGCCUCCGUUUCGCGAGGUGGGCGCGCGGCUGCUGGAGCGCUUCCACGGCGCCUCACGCGUCAUGGGCACCAACGACGGCAAGGCCCUGCUGCCCGCCGUCCGCACGCUCAAGCCGCCGGGCCGAGCGGACCUCCUCUACGCCGCCGAUUCGCCCGACUUCUGCGCCCCCAACCGACGCACCGGCUCCCCCGGCACGCGCGGUCGCGCCUGCAAUAGCAGCGCCCCGGACCUCAGCGGCUGCGACCUGCUGUGCUGCGGCCGCGGGCACCGCCAGGAGAGCGUGCAGCUCGAAGAGAACUGCCUGUGCCGCUUCCACUGGUGCUGCGUAGUACAGUGCCACCGCUGCCGUGUGCGCAAGGAGCUCAGCCUCUGCCUCUGACCCGCCGCCCGGCCACUAGACUGAUUUCGCGCAGCGAUGGCUCGCACCUGCGGGACCUCAGGGCACCGGCACCGGGCACCGGCACCGGGCACCGCUCGCCGCUCGAGCCCAGCCUCUCCCUGCCAAAGCCCAACUCCCAGGGCUCUGAAAAUGGUGAGGCGAGGGGCUUGAGAGGAACGCCCACCCACGAAGGCCCAGGGCGCCAGACGGCCCCGAAAAGGCCCUCGGGGAGCGUUUAAAGGACACUGUACAGGCCCUCCCUCCCCUUGGCCUCUAGGAGGAAACCAAAAAGCCAGUCUAAAGGCCUCUGGAUACUGGGCUCCCCAGAACUGCUGGCCACGGGAUAGUGGGUGAGGUUAGUAUCAAUAAAGAUAUUUAAACCACUAGGGCUGGACCCACAGUUUGGGGGGAGACCGAUCUUCAGGCUGCCAGUCUCCAGAAGAAAGUGGUUUUGCUAGAACUAGCACCUCAGGGGCUAUCACCUGAGUCCCUAUCUCCCGACCAGGUUGGCCUCUCCCGGAAACUCGCUAUCCCCCCUUGGCAUUCUUCUUGUUCACUCCUGUCACACAUCUAGGGCCUGGAUCUGCAAGCCAGAGAAGAACUAGCAAUUCAUCUUUAAAGGGACAGGGGCAUCAGAAGCUUCUGAUGGUAUGCUCAGGUCUCAAACUCGCCCUUGUCUUAAUUUUUAGGGGAUUGUGUCUGUUUCUGUGACCCCUGGGGAAUUUCUGGGUAGACUUUUGGGGAUGCCUAAGCCCAUGGGAUUAAAGCACUUUAUCAACUGUAGUAUGUGAUGAACACAUGUUAUUAGCUUCACCAGGUUUUGUUACCAUCAAAACUAACUUCACUCCCAUUCGCAUUGAAAAGACUGCCCAGAACAGCAUUUCUAAUCACAC